ACAGCACAGAAGCAUGCACAGGAGGAUGACAUCAUCACUUAUGGCGGUGAGACACAUGUGUUGGGAGAGAUGCGGCUCAGAUUUUAAAGGAGAAGGAGGCAUUUUUUUCUGAUGCUGAUGUCAGAAGGCAAAAGAAAAAGAAAGAGCAGGCAUAGGAUUUGCUCAGGCUGUGAUCAACCAAUUCCUGAGGGAUGGGCAUCAAACAGCUGCCAGGCCUGUACCAACCCCAGCCAAGAUAGAACGGAUGAAUUUAUGUCUUGGUUUAAAGAUGUUAUGGAAAAGUCAAUUGGAGCUUUUCAUAAGUCAAGAUCAGUGCCCAGUCAUUCCAGAGCUGUUAGUGAGUCUGAAUCAGAGACUGAAUUGGGUGAAAUAAGUUCUUCUGAACUUUCCUCUUCUACUUCAACCACUAAAAAUAAAGAUAUGUAUUUAUUUAAUGUGAAAAAGAGCUCCUUUACUAAUGAGGGAAUGCCAGAAGUUGAUGUUCUGGGCGGAAGAGAAUUUGAAGUUGAUCAAAGCAGUUUACAUAAAGGGGUCCGAGAACUGUCUUGCAGAUCAUCUCAGCAGGGAGAUCAUAGACCAAAAAGAAUGGGAACUGAAUCAGCAAGUGUUUCUGGAUAUUGUCAAGAGGUGGGGAAUGCCUCAGAUAGACCUGAUGGCGACCAAGCACAACAAGAAGGUGGGCAAAUUUUGUUCCUUGUCAAGACUGGAGAACCCAAACUUCCUAGAUGCAAUGUCUUUUCCAUGGAAUUUCAAGAAAGCCUACAUUUUUCCACCUCUGGCCAUGAUACAGAGAGUAGUGAAGAAGAUCAAGCACGAACAGGCAUCAAUCAUUUUGAUAGCACCCUUUUGGCCAAGGAGAGUUUGGUUCACGGACCUGAUGGUUCUAUCCAAGGGGACGUAUUGGAUACUGCCACAGAGGAGAGAUCUGUUAGUACAAGGCCAAAUGUGUCAUCCAAAUCCAUCCAGAUGGAAACUGGCAGCAUGGAAUUUGACAAGGACUUGUUAAUUAAUCAAGGCCUCUCUCAGGAAGUUGUACAAACACUGCUACAUUCUCGUAAACAGUCCACUUCUAAAGUUUACAAUAAAGUUUGGAAGAUCUUCAGUUCUUGGUGUGUCCAGAGAGAUUUUCAGUCUAUGACUUGUCCGGUGGCAGGGAUCUUACAAUUUCUGCAGGACGGAUUUGACAAAGGGUUGAAGCCGGCUACUUUAAAGGUCCAUUUAGCAGCCAUCUCAGCUAUUACUUCUAGAGUUUUAACUUCAGAUCCUUUGAUCAAGCGUUUUAUUAAAGGAAUGAUGAGGUUGAGACCAUCAGUAAAAAUUCCUGUGGCAGCAUGGGAUCUCAAUUUGGUAUUGUCAGCAUUAUGCAAACAUCCUUUUGAGCCCUUGGAUUCUAUUAGUCAAAAGCUUUUGGCAUUGAAGACAGCGUUUCUAGUUGCAAUAACAUCUGCCAGAAGGGUAGGAGAGUUGCAAGCACUGGCAGCUAAUCCACCAUAUACUUUAUUCUUUCCAGAAAAAGUGGUGCUCAGAACUCUACCUUUUUUUAGACCAAAAGUUCCUUCUACGCAAAAUAUUAAUGCUCAAAUUAUACUUCCAUCCUUUUUUUCCGGUGCCUUCCACUGUGGAGGAAGAAGAGCUUAAUAAGCUAGAUGUAAGAAGAUGUCUGUCUAUUUAUAUCGAGAGAACAAAAAGUUUCAGAGACUCGGAACAUCUUUUUAUUUCCUUUAUGGAGAAGUCGAAAGGAAACAAGGUUGCAAAAUCCACUAUUGCAGCCUGGGUGAAGAAUACGAUUUCUUUGGCCUAUACUUCUUUAGGAAAAGAUGCUCCUGAUCAAUUAAGAGCUCAUUCAACAAGGGCAGUUGCUACGUCUUGGGCAGAAAAGUCAGCCUUGAGUUUGGAAGAAAUCUGUAAAGCUGCCACAUGGAGCAGCAUUUCUACAUUUACAAGAUUCUACCGCCUUGACUUAGCAGCCUUGAAUGAUGCAGCCUUUGGCAGCCGGGUCCUAGAGGCAGUACUUCAAGAUCCUUAAACCCACCCUGGUUAUACUAGCUUGCUAGAUCCCAUUAGUAUCUGUGCUGCCUGGAGGACUAAGGAAAAGAAAAAAUUUAUACUUACCGAAAUUUUCUUUUUCUUUAGUCCGAAAGGCAGCACAUUCUUUCCCUCCCUGAAUAAAAUUAUAAGCAUUC